GAAUUAAAAAAAAAUGAGAAUCUCAAUUGAUUUACACCAGUUAAUUUUCAAAAUUAGAAUCACAAUUAACUCUUGUAACUUUUUAUUUCUUUUUCCUUUCGACUACAAUCAAAUCUCUCUUUCCAUGUAAAUGUAUCUUUCUCAACAAUCUGUUGAUUGUCAAUCGUAAUUUAUAUUCUCUCCUCUUUUACUACUCUAAUUAUCUCAUCAUCAUCAUCAUCACAUUGAUCAUGAUCUUUACCAUUAAUCUGAUCAAUUUAAGUCCAUCACCUCCUCCUCAUCUUCCUACCUCCUUGUGAUUCCCUCGUCUCUAUUUAAGGAUGAAUUUUUCACGAUUUGAGAAUGACUUUAAUCCAGUUAAUCCAUUUAUCGAGUUGAUUAGUUUCUCCCUUUAAUCCUUUUACCUUUUUGUUUAGAUUUUCCUUUUUUUUUCCUUUUUUCGAUGUCGUUUAUUUUUCCCUUUUCCUUUUUUACCUUUUAAUCUCAGGUAGUUUGAAAUUAGAAAAGACCAAAGUGAUAAAAAUGACGAUCAGUAUUCGAGAAUCUCUUUCAAUUAAAUUGUCCAAUGUUUCUAAUUUGCGACAACAAUUAGAGAAAAAAUCUUUGUUCCCUUUUCGUUAUUUUGUGAUACUUUUACUCUUCUUCGCGGCCACAAUUAGUUUCGCUGUUCGAUGUGUCAUAAAUGUCGCUAUAUUGGCCAUGGUCAACGAAGAUUCAACAACGUCAACAGAUCAACUUAAUUCAACGGUGAUAAAAGAUGAGAUUAAAUUCAAUUGGGACCAACAGGAUCAAGGUCUUGUAUUGGGAGCCUAUUUUUACACAUAUACGGCCGCUCAAAUUAUCUCAGGUAUUUUGACCGAUAAAUUCAACGCUGUCCACUUGAUGACGGCCUCGCAAUUGGCUGCGAUCGCUUGUACCUUCUUGUGUCCCAUUGCCGCUGAAUAUGGGAUAAUCUACCUGGUCGCAGCUCGAAUGGCCCUUGGCUUAGCCCAUGGGUUAUUGUUCCCUUCCUGUUAUAUACUCAUGGAAAGGUGGUUAGUACCCACGGAAAAAGCAUUUGCCCAAAGUUGUGUUGCUGUUGGAUCAAAUUUCGGCAUAGUAAUUAUCAUGCCGUUAACCGCUUGGUUAUGUGAUAAUGGAUUCGCGGGUGGUUGGCCUUCAGCAUUUUAUGUAACCGCAGCGGUCAACAUUUUAUUCAUAAUUAUCUGGAUAAUCACCAUGACUCUUGACCCUUCGGAUAAUCGUUGGGUAUCACAAUCGGAGAAAAAUUUUCUCGACAAAAUGACCAGUGCUAAAGUGGUCAAAUCAAAGAUCACCAAAACCCCAUGGAUUAGCAUGUUAACCUCUCUACCUCUUUGGUCAGUUAUGAUAACUCGUGGUAUCAAUGGGCUAAUCUAUUAUGCGAUUAACACAAAGAUACCCGUUUAUAUGGAAAUGGUUCUAGGUUAUCAAUUACAAGGGAAUGGAUUAAUUAAUUCACUUUUUUAUGUUGCAAUUUGUUCAACUCAAUUAAUCUCUGGACCAAUGGCGAGAUGGGUGAUUGGUAAAAAAUGGUUCUCUAGGACAGUUACUCGAAAAAUAUUUGAAUCGAUUGCUCUUUUUGGUACUGCUCUUUGUUUGGGUAUCAUACCAAGUCUUGGAAAUCGACCUGACGUGAUUAUAAUUGUUCUAAUCGCAAGUAUGUUCUGUAAUGGAUUUACCAUUGGAGGUGAUACACCGAUAGUCAUGGAAAUGGCUCCGCAUCUUGUUGGUACUGCUUUUGGUUUCGCUAAUACCCUUGGUUGUGCUUCGGGUUUUAUCGCCCCCGUGAUAAUAGCAGCGAUUAUUGGUGAACAAGUUCAUUCUCAAAGUCUAUGGAAUACAACAUUUUAUACUUUCGCUGGGUUACAAAUGAUCGGAGCUUUUUCAUUUUUAACCUUUGCCACAACGAAGCCUCAACCUUGGGGAACAGUUGAAACACCAUCAAAACCAAAGGAUAAAACGGAAAUUAACUCCAAUCCGGAAGAUCUGUACGAUAUUUCAUCCAAAGUUUAAUCCACUGUUAUAAUCCAUCAAUACCUCAGAUCAUCUUUAUUGUAGAAAUUAAUUACAAUUUUAUUCACUCGCAAUUUCAUUCAUGCAAUCAUAUCGUUGAAUUAGUACCCGUUAUUCAAUUAUCAUCCCCACUCAUCAAUUUCAUUAACUGUCCUGUUUGAAACAAUUAAUAUUGAUAAAUGGAUUCAUUUGUAUACAACA